AAACCAACUCUCUACUUUCCACCAUUAACACACACACCUUCAACUCUCUCUCUCUUCUCUCUCUCCUUCUGUCUUCAACAGCAUUCUUAAACCUGCAAAGCUUUCUGAGCAUUACCAGGCUUAUAUAUAUAUAUAUAUAUAUAUAUAUAUAUAUAUACAUAUAUAUAUUUACUACUUGUACUAUAUUGCCUUUUUCUAAGUUUUCAUUCUUUGAUUCACUGAAAAAGUUUCCAUUCCAUCAUCAACAGUAGGCAUUGUUUACGUGGCUUUUGGGACAUAAUUUUAGGCCAUCAAUCUUGUCUCUCCCCCUCAUACUAAAGUUGCUUGUAACAUCAUAAUAAGCCACCACACUCGUGAAGAAAAAGAUGUUGGGAACCGUUAGGUACCUCAUCGGCUCCGCCGGCCCCAGCGGCUUCGGCUCCAAAUCCACCGCCGAAGAAGUCACCGAGCUGUGUCCUGAUCUCCGCUCCAUCACCGCCAUCAUCACAGGUGGAACGUCGGGAAUCGGAGCGGAGACGGCGAGAGUUUUGGCGAAGCGAGGAGCGCGGCUGAUCCUGCCGGCUCGGAGCAUGAAAACCGCCGAGGAGACGAAGUGCCGAAUUCUGUUGGAGUCGCCGGACGCCGAGAUCUUAGCGAUGGCGCUCGAUCUUAGCUCUCUCGCUUCCGUUCGGAGCUUCGUUGCGGAGUUCGAAUCUCUCAACUUGCCUCUCAACCUCCUCAUAAAUAAUGCGGGGAAAUUCACGCACAAGCAUGCGACUUCAGAGGACGGAAUCGAGAUGACGUUUGCGACUAACUACUUAGGUCAUUUCCUGCUAACGAAGCUACUGCUGAAGAAGAUGACGGAAACGGCGAAACAGACGGGCGUUCAAGGCAGAAUCGUGAACGUGUCGUCCGGUAUCCACACCUGGUUUUCCGGCGAUCCGAUCCGCUAUCUUCGCCUCAUCACCAACAACAAAAGUCAAUACGACGCGACACGUGCAUAUGCGCUCUCGAAGCUCGCUAACGUUUUGCACACCAAGGAACUGGCGCAGAGACUGAAAAUGACGGGGGCAAAUCUGACGGCAAAUUGCGUUCAUCCUGGGAUUGUGCGAACUCGCCUCACUCGAGAACGCGAAGGCCUCAUCACUGAUUUGGUGUUCUUUUUGACUUCCAAACUUUUGAAGACCAUCCCGCAGGCUGCGGCGACGACUUGCUACGUGGCAACCGAUCCGAGGCUAGAAAAUGUGAGUGGUAAAUACUUUGCAGACUGUAACGAGGCUUCUACUUCGAAGAUGGGUUCCAAUCUAACCGAGGCGGCAAGGAUGUGGUUGGCUUCUGAUAAGCUGGUUUCCACAGAUUCUAAUGCGCCACUUUUAGAUCCAUUCCAGGGCUUAGACUGAAGAAGAAAACAGAAACCCUAUCCCAGAAACUUCAUAGAAAUAGUAGCAGCAUACAGAAAUUACGAUGUAAGCCUAGUAUAAUAUAUGUUGUAUAUGUAAGAAAAAAAUACCAAAUAGUUUCUAUAAAGUUUUGAAUAUAAUAAUCAACUAGAGUUUGAUCAUGUAUACAUUACUCAAUAUUGGAUAAAUUGUUAUUAUUAUUAA